CGCCCCACCCCAGCCCGUCCCCCGCCGCCAAUGCCGGUGGCCCUUGCAGUCGCGUUACUACCCAGAGAUUCAUCUGUACCAGGGACAGAGGGAGAGAGGAGAGGGAGGAGGGGACACACACACACACACACACACACAGAGAGAGAGAGAGAGGAGAGAGAGAGAGGAGAGAGAGAGAGAUUGCCUCCAGCAGCUGCUCUCGCUAGAGAAAGGCAGUGACCCAAGGGACCGCGAGUGAAGGGACAGGAUGGCUUAAGUACCUCUGCCCACAGGACCCCACGACAGGGAGAGGUUCCAGCUACAGCUCCUCCGUGGGGUCAUGGCAGGGGCUGGGGAGUCCCCUCAAAAGCCCUGAGGACCCCUGCACUGCCGCUAAGGGACACCCCAGAAGUUAGCAUCAGUGGGACUCGGAAGCUCUGAUCUCAACAACAUCCCAGCUAUGGCUGGUGAUUCUAGGAAUGCCAUGAACCAGGACAUGGAGAUUGGAGUCACUCCAUGGGACCCCAAGAGAAUUCCCAAACAGGCCCGCGAAUACGUCCCCAUUGCCACAGACCGCACGCGCCUGCUGGCCGAGGGCAAGAAGCCGCGCCAGCGCUACAUGGAGAAGAGUGGCAAGUGCAACGUGCACCACGGCAACGUCCAGGAGACCUACCGGUACCUGAGUGACCUCUUCACCACCCUGGUGGACCUCAAGUGGCGUUUCAACCUGCUCGUCUUCACCAUGGUUUACACCGUCACCUGGCUGUUCUUCGGCUUCAUUUGGUGGCUCAUUGCUUACAUCCGGGGUGACCUGGACCAUGUUGGUGACCAAGAGUGGAUUCCUUGUGUUGAAAACCUCAGUGGCUUCGUGUCCGCUUUCCUGUUCUCCAUUGAGACCGAAACAACCAUUGGGUAUGGCUUCCGAGUCAUCACAGAGAAGUGUCCGGAGGGCAUUAUACUCCUCUUGGUUCAGGCCAUCCUGGGCUCCAUCGUCAAUGCCUUCAUGGUGGGGUGCAUGUUUGUCAAGAUCAGCCAGCCCAAGAAGAGAGCUGAGACUCUCAUGUUUUCCAACAACGCGGUCAUCUCCAUGCGGGACGAGAAGCUGUGCCUCAUGUUCCGGGUGGGUGACCUCCGCAACUCCCACAUCGUAGAGGCCUCCAUCCGAGCCAAGCUCAUCAAGUCCCGGCAGACCAAAGAGGGGGAGUUCAUCCCCCUGAACCAGACCGACAUCAACGUGGGCUUCGACACGGGCGACGACCGCCUCUUCCUGGUGUCUCCUCUGAUCAUCUCCCACGAGAUCAACGAGAAGAGCCCUUUCUGGGAGAUGUCUCAGGCUCAGCUGCAUCAGGAGGAGUUCGAAGUCGUGGUCAUUCUAGAAGGGAUGGUGGAAGCCACAGGCAUGACCUGCCAAGCCCGGAGCUCCUACAUGGAUACAGAGGUGCUCUGGGGCCACCGAUUCACACCAGUCCUCACUUUGGAAAAGGGCUUUUAUGAGGUGGACUACAACACCUUCCACGACACCUAUGAGACCAACACACCCAGCUGCUGUGCCAAGGAGCUGGCAGAAAUGAAGCGGGAAGGCCGGCUCCUCCAGUACCUCCCCAGCCCCCCGCUGCUGGGGGGCUGUGCUGAGGCAGGGCUGGAUGCAGAGGCUGAGCAGAAUGAAGACGAUGAGCCCAAGAGGCUAGGAUUCAUCAAUCUUCAUAUGAAAAAGAACACCACUGCACUGCUAAAAAUUCACACAAUAAAAUGGACUUGACCUUGCAGAACUCUUUCUCAUUUUAAACAGACGGCCACUAGUUGCCCAUGUAAACUCAUUGCCAGUUGUAGAAACCUUGUCCUUCUUGGUUUUGUUAGCCUAAAAAUGUAGUAUCAACAUCUAGACCACUGGUUUUGAGGUGGGAGAAUGGGCAAAGGUGGGGAGGAGACAGCCGGAUAGGGGCAGCUGCACCAGGUGUCUGGAGGCAGAGCUGGCGGCAGAUGCGGAGGGUGCGGGCAGCAAGGGUUCUCACACUAAGUCAUUCAUGCCACCCCCAAAUAACUUCUGUACAUUCUUUAAUGUCAAAUAUUCAGAACCCACAUUACCUAUGUAAUGAGUAAUUCUAAAAAUACCUACUUUAGGGGCCCCUUGGACUAGCAUUCUGCUGUCAGGGCAUACAUCUGCAAAAGGAUCGUUCUCGCUGAACAGUGGGAAAGGGGCAGAGGAGGCUGUGAUUUCUAAUGUUGGCAAAAGGUCUCAGGAUCUUUCAAGAGAAGUCCCAAAGCUUCUGUUGAAAAUGUCAUUAGCAGAAGAGGAUGUAAGAUUCACUUCUCUUCUGCUCUGGUCACCCAGUGGCAAUAUUGAAGAGCCGAGAUUUACAGAAAAUCCCUCACGUACACCAACACCAAUGCUCACCAGGGCUCCGAUUCAAAAUGAGAAGCAGUAUUUUCAGAGGAGAAAGGCAGCACAGCUCUGAUGUGCGUGGGAGCGCUUCCCAUAUCUGGCCCCAUGGCCCCGCCACGGUAGCCGGGCAUCAGCAAAUCUGUGUGGGGCUUGGGCCAAAAGCACGUGCUGAGCCUCAAAAUCAGCCAUGAACAAAAGUACCUGGUGACUCUGAGGGUGAAUUGCCUUUACGUUGGGAAAGACCCAUGCAAAGGCCAGGAGCUCUGGGAAUGGCCCUUGCCUGGGGAUUGCACUACAGUUACUGUUCAGGGUCAGAAUGGAGACAUGAGGUCGGGGAAACGAUGAAUCUGUGAAUUUGCACAUUUGUCAGUCAAGCUCGGAUUGCAAUUUGAGGAAGGAGAACUAGACCCAUAAUCUAAUAAAAGCAACUAUCUGAAAGUAACCCUUAGAAAACCCACCCGGGCCCAGCCGAGCAUGGUGACUCAUGCCUGUAAUCCCAGCACUUUGGGAGGCCGAGGCAGGCGGAUCACGA